ACCACUAUUAAAAUAGUGCUCAAUACAUCAAUUGUAGAGCGAUAUAUAAAUACCACUGUUAAAAUAGUGCUCAAUACAUCAAUUGUAGAGCAAUAUAGAAAUACCACUGUUAAAAUAGUGCUCAAUACAUCAAUUGUAGAGCAAUAUAGAAAUACCACUGUUAAAAUAGUGCUCAAUACAUCAAUUGUAGAGCUAUAUAGAAAUACCACUGUUAAAAUAGUGCUCAAUACAUCAAUUGUAGAAAUUACCACUGUUAAAAUAGUGCUCAAUACAUCAAUUGUAGAGCAAUAUAGAAAUACCACUGUUAAAAUAGUGCUCAAUACAUCAAUUGUAGAGCAAUAUAGAAAUACCACUGUUAAAAUAGUGCUCUAUACAUCAAGUGUAGAACAAUAA